AUGUGGUAUGUAGAUGAUUAUGACACUCUAUUUAAAUUAAUGAACAUGCCAAAUGAAUCAAAACAUUUUAUUAAAAUGUUCAGCAUUGAGGUUUCUGAUGUGUAUGCAGUUCAAAUACAAGAUGAAUGGUAUAGAUUUCAAGUCAUUAAAAUUGAAGAUGAUAGUGUUACUGGCAUUUUUAUUGAUUUGGGCAUGGAGUGGUGUACUACUAAAAGUAAUGUUAUGUUUUUGCCUCCUAAGUUUCUAAAAGUACCUUCACAAGCUGUGAAAUGUGCGUUAACAUCUCUAUUUUUUGCACCUUAUUUUAAAGUUGCUAAUGAGCUAUUUCAUAAAAUGCUUUUUGGAAAAGAAUUUACUUUAGUACCAGAUGAUAUUGAAUGUGAUGUUCCAUUAGUCACAUUGUAUGAUGGAAAGACUAAUAUGAAUAAUGUGAUUAGAAAAGCCAUUACCGAAAAUACAAAUUUUGAUAAAAUUCAUGAAAAAAGUGAAAAAGCUAGUCUUGCUUAUAUUGCUGAUGGUUAUGUUUAUCUACAUCCACCAAAUGAGACAUUGACAAUUAUGGAAUCUAUACUAGAUUCUAUUUCAGUAUCUCAACCUCUUGACAAUCUGUAUUCCAAAAACAGCAUUUCGCCUCAUAAGUUAUAUCUUGUUAAAUGCCCAGAUCUUCAUUUGUGGAGCAGAGCAAUAAUCCAUGAUUUUAUAUUUACUGACCAAAAGUUCAAAGUAUUCUUCAUUGACUAUGGUAACUAUGGUUUCAUUGAUCAAGAUAAAUUUAUCGAUUUGCAGUCAUUUGAUUUAUUGUUGUCUUCAAUUGGCCCUCAGGCUUUAAAAGUGUCUUUUCAUCUAUUUCCACCGGAGAAUCUUGUAGAUCAAUCUCGAUCCAGAGCACUGUUUGAAAUGAUCAAUGAAAAAUCUUUGGAUAUAUUUGUAGUUUCAACUAAUAGUGAUGGUAUUCAAGUAGUUGAAAUAUUUGAUGCUAAUGAUCAAAAUCCAAAUCGACUGUCU